AUGAAGCUUAACAUCGCCUACCCCCGCAACGGGACCGUCAAGCAGUUCGAGGUCACCGACGAGGUGCUUCGCCGCGUGUCACUCACGGACUACCGCCUCGGCAACGAGGUGGACGGGGCCAUUUUCGGCGAGGUGUUCAGUGGCUACACCUUCAAGCUGCAGGGCGGAUCCGACAAGGACGGCUUUCCGAUGGUGCAGGGCGUUAUGGCCCCAAGCCGCGUGUCGCUUCUUGUGAAGCGGGGCGCUGUCGGUUUCAACACCUUUCGUGGGUACAAGGGCGAACGCCGCCGCAAGUCGCUCCGUGGAUGUAUCCUCGCAAGCGACAUUGCGGUGCUGAACGUCGUCAUUGUGCGGACCGGUGAGCAACCGAUUGAGGGCGUCACCGACGUGUCGGUGCCUCGCCGCCUCGGCCCCAAGCGUGCGAACAAGAUCCGCAAGCUGUUCAACCUCUCCCGCGGCGACGACGUGCGCAAGUACGUCAUCCGCCGCAAGGUCACGAAGGAGGGCAAAAAGGACCGCUUCAAGGCACCCAAGAUUCAGCGCCUCAUCACGACAGCCGUGAAGGCACGCCGCGCCAAGAAGGCGAAGGUGGCCAUCGAGAAGGUUCGCAAGUCCGCUGAGGAGCGCCGUGAGUACCUGCACCUGGUGGGCACCCGCCGUCGUGCGGCUCGCCAGCGCAACGCGGCCCGCCGCCAUGCACACAAGGUCGCGGAGCAGAAGCAAGACGUGGUCGCAUUCAAGGCCAAGAAGUAG